UACAGACAGCAGCAGCAGCCAUCAUCUCCUAAAACUCCACUUCAUAUUUUGCACAGCCAGCCACUUGAUUUCCUCCAACCAAGGAGGAGAGACGAGUCCUUAUCUGAGCUCAUUCCCAACCUGCAAACGGAGAAGAAAUACAACAUAAGCCCACCCGACUGCAGCAAAUCGUCGAUUUGCAAAACGGAUUUCUUUUCCAUACCGAAUGCGUGUUAAAGAGCGCGCUCAGUGCGGCACACACCAGGCUGCUUUAUUGCCAUAGCAGCAGCGCGAGCUGCAUGUAGCUGCCACAAGAGCCUCAGCUAGCGAGCAAACAAAGAAAACACAGGCAAAUAUAAACCUCGUCUCUUCAAACCGCUUAACUGUUCUUUGACGAGGAGAAGGCAAGACCCCGAAGACAAAAACUGACAUGAUGUUUCCACAAUCCAGGCACUCGGCUUCAUCACAGCAGCUAAAGUUCACAACAUCAGACUCGUGCGACCGCAUAAAGGACGAGUUCCAGUUCCUCCAAGCACAAUACCACAGUCUGAAACUCGAAUGUGACAAGCUGGCCAGCGAGAAGUCAGAAAUGCAGCGUCAUUAUAUCAUGUACUAUGAGAUGUCUUAUGGGCUGAACAUUGAAAUGCACAAGCAGGCAGAGAUUGUGAAGAGAUUAAACGGGAUCUGUGCUCAAGUCUUGCCAUACCUGUCUCAAGAGCACCAGCAGCAGGUCCUGGGGGCGAUAGAGAGGGCCAAACAGGUCACCCCACCAGAGAUGAACUCCAUCAUACGGCAGCAGCUCCAGGCUCACCAGCUCUCCCAGCUUCAGGGACUGGCACUGCCCAUGACUCCUCUCCCCCUUGGCCUGAGCCAACCGGCCGGCCUCCCUGCGGUCACCUCCAGCUCCGGCCUCUUCUCCCUCUCCAGCAUCCUGGCCUCGCAGGCCCAGCUGGCCAAAGAGGACAAGAGCACGCGCGAGACCUCCGACAGCCACCGCGAAGAAGACGGAGACAAGUCCGACUAGAUGCCGGCCAUAUCCGUUCUUUCGUCCAAUCAUCAUCCAGAGCUCAAUGUAGAGGCACUUGUUCCAGAUACUCACACAAUUAUAUUCCUUUUUCUUUUCCUUUACACUCUCCCUCCAUCUUUCUGUCCUUCUUCAACAUUGCUACUGUCUUCAGAUGCCUAACCUCAUUAUUUCAAGUUCAUUCAACCAGCUUUAUAAAUGUAUUUUUACACCACCUUAUUAUUGUGUUACGGAUGCUUGAUUUUAUUUUAUUUACACUCUUUCUUGCCUGCGUGUAUAUAUAUAUCUAUAUAUAUAUUGUAUAUUUCUUAUCCUCGUAGUGAGAGUGGUCUAGAAAAUGGUGUACCUGUUAAUGGACCAUCUUCCCUCCAGUAAUAAUUGUGUUAAAAUCCCCCUCCCUUCCUCUCUCUUUUUUUUCACUCGCUCCCUCUUCAAAUCUUUCACCUUUUAAAGCUAUAAUCUACAAUAACUUAGUCAGAAGCACUUUGGCUCCAGGCAGUUACUCUAAAAGCAACUUUGAAUCGAAAAACUUAGCUGCAGCAUAAUCCAUUUAGAGUUUAAAGGAUUGUUGUUUUUUUCGAAGACAUGUCUGUUGUUGCGUUGCCCUUUGUAGAAGUUGCAGAUCUAUCCUACCUUAAACUGCAAAGUGGGUCACAGUUGUAGCUUGAGAAAACAUUAGAAGGGUGAAUCUUAAAUGUCUAGGUCAUUUUUAACCCAAAAAUCAAAAGUGAAAUUUAUUUUAUUAUAUUUUGCUUUAAGAAAAUGUAGUGUUUUUUUGUGACCUUUACUGUUUUUUGCAUUCCGACAAUUUUAUGACAAUUAAAAGUAUAGAUCAUCCGAAAAUGAAAAUUCUCUCAUCAUUCCAGAUGUGUAUGACUUACUUUCUUCUGCUGAACACAUGAAGAUUUUUAGAAGAAUAUCUCAGUUCUGUAGGUCCAUACAAUGCAUGUCAAUGGUGGCCAGA